UGUAACAAACCCCAGACAGCUGAUGUCUGUCAAGCCUGGAGCCUGGAAUCUCGCGAUACGAGGAGCCGGUUGGAGCUGCGAGAUCUGGGGCUCAGGUGUAAGAAAGCAUCUCAUCCCAGCAAUAGGAUAGAGCCAAACAGAUAAGUGAGACCGAGAGGCUGGAGGGAGGCACACUGUGCGGCCAUCACAAGCUUUAACAGCAGCAGCUGCAGCAGCAGCACACAGAGGACAGGACCUGCAGCCUCCUCAUCACCAGUACCAGGGCCACUUUAUUCCUCUCACUUCAAGGAGUGCUUCUGGAUUCCAUGCAAUUCUUUCAAGAUGAUGUCCAUGAACAGCAAGCAGCCUCACUUUGCCAUGCACCCGAGCUUACCUGAGCACAAAUACACCUCCCUGCACUCCAGUUCGGAAGCAAUAAGGAGAGCAUGCCUGCCAACUCCACCGCUGCAGAGCAACAUCUUCGCCAGCCUGGACGAGACCCUCCUGGCCAGGGCAGAAGCUCUAGCCGCGGUGGAUAUGGCCGUGUCCCAGGGCAAGAGUCAUCCCUUCAAGCCAGAUGCCACCUACCACACGAUGAGCAGCGUGCAAUGCUCUUCCAACUCUACCGUGCCACUAGCUCACCACCAUCAUCACCAUCACCACCAUCACCACCAGGGUCUGGAAGCCGGGGACCUCUUGGAUCAUGUCUCGUCCCCGUCUCUGGCGCUCAUGAGCAGCACAGGACAUGAUGGAGUCGGGGGUGGUGGAGGCAAUGGAGGGGGAGGCGGUGGCGGAGGUGGUGGAGGAGGCUUGAUCUCCACCUCAGCCCAUCCACAUAGCCACAUGCAUGGCCUGAGCCACCUCUCCCACCAGGCGGCCAUGAACAUGACCUCUGCUCUUCAGCACCCUGGCUUAGUUGCUCACCAUGGACCCGGGGGGCAGGUGGGCUCAGCGGUGGGGGCAGCAGGCUUAGCCUCAAUAUGCGACUCGGAAACCGACCCCCGGGAGCUGGAAGCCUUUGCUGAGAGGUUCAAGCAGAGAAGGAUCAAACUCGGGGUGACUCAGGCGGACGUAGGGUCAGCCUUGGCCAACCUAAAGAUUCCUGGGGUGGGUUCCCUCAGCCAAAGCACUAUAUGCAGGUUUGAAUCCCUCACCCUGUCCCACAACAACAUGAUAGCCCUCAAGCCCAUCUUACAAGCGUGGUUGGAGGAGGCAGAGGGGGCCCAGAGGGAAAAAAUGAACAAACCAGAACUAUUUAAUGGGGGGGAAAAGAAGCGCAAGAGGACUUCAAUUGCUGCUCCAGAGAAAAGGUCCCUGGAAGCUUAUUUCGCUGUCCAGCCCAGACCUUCCUCAGAGAAGAUAGCGGCCAUAGCUGAGAAACUGGACCUCAAAAAGAACGUAGUGCGAGUGUGGUUCUGUAACCAGAGACAGAAACAGAAAAGAAUGAAGUUUUCUGCAAAUUACUAGCCCCCAAUGUCACCCCUACCGUAA